AUGGCGCUCACAAAGCUCAACUUUAUCACCGGAAACAAGAACAAGCUGAGUGAGGUGCGAGCCAUCCUCGGCAAUGUCAUUGAAGUAGACAACCAGGAGGUCGACGUUCCUGAAAUCCAAGGAACGAUCGAAGAAAUUGCCAAAGAAAAGGCCAGACGCGCCGCCGAGGCGAUCAAUGGACCGGCUUUGACUGAAGAUACCGCGCUUGAGUUCCACGCAUUGAAGGGCCUCCCUGGACCAUACAUCAAAUCAUUCAUGGAGGCACUCGGACAUGAAGGUCUGAACAAGAUGCUCGACGGCUUUGAAGAUAGAACCGCUGAAGCAGUGUGCACAUUUGCUUUCUGCCGUGGUCCCGGCGAGGAGCCCCUCAUUUUCCAAGGAAGAACCGAGGGCAAGAUUGUGCGCCCCCGAGGCCCAACCUCAUUUGGCUGGGACCCCAUCUUUGAAUACGAUGGCAAGCAGACCUAUGCAGAGAUGGACAAGGCAGCCAAGAACGAGAUCUCGCACCGGGGCAAGGCGCUUGGUAAGUUGCAGCAGUGGCUCGCGGAAGGCCAGUAG